AUGUUUGCUUUUACAUCUCUCUUUGCCUUUGUGGCCACCACCAUCACUAUCGUCCACUCCAGUCCAACCGUCUACCCAGACGUUAUUCCUGGACCGGGAUUCCCUAGCCUGGAGUCCCUUAACCUCACAUCAAAGGAUCUGUACACCAUGAAGCCCCCAACAUUCGACUUGUCUCUCACAUCGCGCAGCGCCGAAUACGAUGCGAACUGUUUUACAUUCACCACGGCAGACGUAGACAACACCAUCGCAUGCUUCAACUACCUCGUCAGCAUCGGGAACAAUGCAUGCACCGUUCCCGCGGACAACAUCGCAUUCUGCCGUGCCGGCGACGCCGCCAUCGGCGGGUCCAACCUCCACCAGACGUCCGGCGCAGCUUCAUCGGCCUGUAAAGACGUCGCUACCGCUGUGCAAUGGAUAUUCACCAAUUGUAAUGUCGGUGGACGAGUUGGUGGUGCGGAUGCUGCGUAUGGGAACGGAGAUUUGGUUGUAGGAGUUUACAAUACCAAUUGGAUUUAA